CGUGGAAGCGGGGGGACCCUGGACUUGCCGAGCCCCAGCGAGGGUGGCGCCAGUACAGCGUCUCCUGCCCUGGGGUCCCAGGCUCCAAGGUCCUCGCGCGUUGGAAGAACCGUGGCCCCUGGCAUCGCCGCCUUCGCGCCUAGGAUUUUGCGCAGCUGCGGUCUGGCGGGCGCUGCUUUCAGCCUCCGAUCCGCGGCGGCGCUGGGAGCUCGCGGCCGGCUCCACCAUCCAUCCCUCUGUUACCUGCUAAGCGCCUUCGCAGCGAUUCCGGAGGGGGCAUGUUUCAGUCCGGCAAGGCCAACAUCCCCAAGCCUGCCCCCCGGAACCUGGAGGACCUGGAUUCUGUGCAGCGCGUCCUGUUACACAGUGAUCUAGAACCUGAAUGGCUAGAUGGUGUACAGAAAAACGGAGAGCUGUUUUAUUUGGAACUGAGUGAGGAUGAAGAAGAAAGCCGCCUUCCUGUAACACCACCAACUGUGAAUCAUGUCAGAUUCAGUGAAAAUGAGACUAUCAUUGAAGAGGAUGAUUACAAAGAAAGAAAAAAGUAUGAACCCAAACUCAAGAGGUUUACCAAAAUUUUAAAAAGCAAAAGACUUUUACCUAAGCGCUACAAUAAAAAAAAUAGCAAUGAAAAUGGGCCAGUAUCCAUUCUAAAACAGUGCAACGAGAAAACUGGGGUCAUUGUUCAACAGCGGUACAAGGAUGUGAGUGUUUAUGUAAACCCCAAAAAGCUAACUGUCACCAAAGCCAAGGAGCAGCUCAAGCUUCUGGAAGUGCUGGUUGGAAUUAUCCAUCAGACCAAGUGGAGCUGGAGAAGAACUGGAAAGCAGGGUGAUGGAGAGAGGCUUGUGGUCCAUGGCCUUUUGCCAGGAGGAUCUGCUAUGAAGAGUGGUCAGAUACUGAUUGGUGAUGUGCUUGUUGCUGUAAAUGAUGUUGAUGUGACCUCUGAAAACAUAGAAAGAGUUUUGUCUUGCAUUCCUGGACCUAUGCAGGUGAAACUGACAUUUGAAAAUGCAUAUGCUGUGAAAAAGGAAACAACUCAACCAAGAAAGAAAAAGGCACAAUUGAACACAAAUGAUUUAGUCAAACUUCUAUGGGAAGAAGAGGCAGAAGGCACCCAGCAGAAUAUCCUUAACACUCCUCAUAUCAUCAUGUAUCUUACACUACAGCUCAACUCAGAAACAUCAAAGGAAGAGCAAGAAAUUCUUUAUCAUUAUCCAAUGUCUGAAGCAUCGCAGAAACUUAAAAGUGUGAGAGGGAUUUUUCUCACACUCUGUGACAUGCUGGAAAAUGUAACCCGGACACAAGUUACUAGCUCAUCCCUCUUUUUAAAUGGCAAACAAGUUCAUAUAGCUUAUUUGAAAGAAUCUGAGAAGUUGUUGCUAAUUGGCCUGCCUGCUGAAGAAGUUUCUCUUCCUCAACUAAGAAAUAUGAUACAAGAUAGUGCCCAAACUUUAAAAUUUAUAUAUGGUUCUUUAGAUAGUGCCUUUUGCCAGGUGGAGAAUGUUUCCCGUUUGGAUCAUUUUUUCAACUUGUUCUUUCAAAGAGCGCUUCAGCCUGCUAAAUUACAUUCCAGUGCCAGUCCCAGUGUCCAACAGUAUGAUGCUGCCAGCAAAGUACUUUUAGACAAUCUCCCUGGAGUUCAGUGGCUCACACUUCCGCAGGAAAUCAAGAUGGAAUUAGACACAGCAUUAAGUGACUUGGAGGCUGCAGAUUUUGCAGAACUGUCUGAAGAUUACUAUGACAUGAGACGGCUAUAUACAAUUUUGGGGUCUUCUCUAUUUUAUAAGGGCUACCUGAUAUGCAGCCAUUUGCCUACGGAUGACCUUAUUGAGAUUUCUCUUUACUGUCGCUACUAUGGGCUGCUGCCUUUAGCAGCAAAACAGAGAAUUGGUCAGUUGAUAAUAUGGAGAGAAGUGUUUCCUCAUCAUCAUCUCCAACCUUCCUCAGCCUCAGACACUGAAGUCUUUCAGGAACCUGAAGGGAGGUAUUUUUUGCUAAUUGUUGGAUUGAGACAUCAUAUGUUAUGUGUACUGUUAGAAGCUGGAGGCUGUGCAUCCAAAGCUAUUGGGAAUCCUGGUCCAGACUGUAUAUAUGUGGAUCAAGUCAGAUCUACUCUUCAUCAGCUACAAGGGACAAAUUCCCGCAUAGAUGAGCAGCUAGAAUCUUCUCCCGGCCCCUGUUUGUCUUGUGCUGACUGGUUCCUUGCUGGGCCACGUGAAAAAACAGAUGGUUUAGCCACUUCGCCUGUCUUUAGUAGGCUACAAGGUACUUCCAAAACUGCAACUUCUCCAACAUGCAGAAGAACCCUUUUUGGUGACUAUUCCUUAAAGACUCGGGCACCUAGUCCCUCCCAAAAUAAUGGAAGAUCUGACAGUGGUUGUGAAGCUGUAGAAGGUGUUGGCCUUAGACCCCACCCUACACUGGAUGCAAUACGGAAGCAGAGAGAAUCUCAGGGCUCUGAUGGUUCAGAAGAAAGUGGAGUCUUGCUUAAGGGCACUAAAAAGAAGUCUACUCUUCCAAAUCCAUUUCAUUUGGGAAAUUCAAAAAAGGAUCUUUCAGAAAAAGAAUUAGAAAUGUAUAACACAAUGAAAUUGACAUCUGGUCCUGAGAACACCCUUUUCCACUAUGUUGCCUUAGAAACAGUACAAGGAAUCUUCAUUACACCUACCCAUGAAGAGAUGGCACAGCUAGGUGGCUCUGUGCACUCUCAACUAAUAAAGAAUUUCCAUCAAUGUUGUCUUUCCAUUCGUGCACUUUUCCAAAAGACAUUGAUAGAAGAGAAAAAGAAAGCACUAAAUGGCACAGAUCAUUUGGAUUCUACAAAUUCAAUGUCUUUGAAUCCAGUGAAAGAACAUGGUGUGUUGUUUGAAUGCUCACUUGAAAACUGGACUGAUCAGAAGAAAACACCACCAGUUAUGGCUUACUGGGUGGUAGGGAGACUCUUUCUUCAUCCAAAACCUCAGGAACUUUAUGUCUGUUUUCAUGACUCGGUUACAGAAAUUGCCAUUGAAAUGGCUUUUAAAUUGUUCUUUGGAUUAACCUUGUAGUAAUGUGCAUGUUUCUAUGAGCAUAGAAUAGUAUUAGAAUUGCUGAAAUUGAUCCGCAGGAAAGGUUUAGCCUUUCACUGUUCAGUAUUAGGUAUUAUUUUGUUAAAUAUUAAGAUGAAGUGCUGUUGAAUUUAAUGCAUCAAAUCAAUGUGAGAUGAUAAAAUAUGAAGGGAUUAUUAAUUUAUUGCUAUCUUGGUACAUAUUGUUCAUUAAUUGUCUAAUUUGAAAUAAUGUGAAGUGUUUCAUGUAAAAUUUAUAGUGGAAAUAUUUAUUAUGGGGAAAAACCCAAUUUGUUGUUUAUUUUUCUCAAAACGAAUUGGUAUCUGGUGAAAGGAUUAUGGUUUUGGGAGGAGGUGACCAGGUUCUGUAAUUAAUCAGUGUGGUGACACAUUUGUUUUUUCUGAGCUCAGAGUUUUCAUGUACUGGUGAGGUUAUUGCAUUGAGGUUUUGAAAUCCUCUUGGCUGGUCGUGGUGGCGCAUGCCUGUAAUCCCAGCACUCAGAAGGCUGAGGCAGGAGGAUCG